UGGUCUGGUAUUGACAGUCAUAUUUCGUUAUUCUCAUUUGACAAGCCACUCCGACACUUUGUAUUUUUAUAUUAGAGGCUUUGUAUUUAAAGCGGUCUGUAAUUAUAUAUUGUCUUUUCGAAGGAGCCAUUGUAUUGUUUAAAUAAUAUAUAUUUUGUGCUUAUUGUUUGUUUGCCGACAGACAUGGCAGAUCCGCUCAGUUUGUUACGGCAAUAUAAUGUUAAUAAGAAAGAAGUUAUAGAACGUGACAACCAGAUCAUCUUUGGUGAAUUUUCAUGGCCAAAAAAUGUGAAAACAAAUUAUUUAAUUUACAACACUGGUAAAGGAAAUGCUGUAAAGGAAUAUUAUACAUUAGAGUGUCUGUUGUUUAUAUUAAGGAAUAUAAACCUCUCUCAUCCUGUAUAUGUGCGACAAGCGGCUGCUGAAAAUAUUCUUGCUGUACGUCGUCCAGACAGAAAGGAAUUAUUAGCUUACCUAAAUGGAGAGACAGCCACAUGUGCAUCCAUUGACAAAAGCGCUCCUCUUGAAAUUCCGACACAAGUCAAACGUCCUUUGGAAUCAACUGGAAAUGACGCGCUAUCAAAGAAAGCUAGAUAUGAGAACCCGCAUGUUCAGAAGGUGCGUGAGCAGCUUGCCGCCAGAUUGGAAGCUCAAAAGGAAACCUCAGUGGCUGUUGACAAUAUCAAAUCUCUGUCUGAGACUAUGUCUGUUGAACGCAUCGCUGCAAUCAAAGCAAAGAGAUUGGCGAAGAAACGCACAACUAUAAAAACUAAGGACGAUACGGAUACAUUAGGAGUAACAAAUGACUAUCGAGUCAUAUUGGAGUACGAUGUAGAUUCAACUAAAGAUAUUAUUAGUCGCGAAAGGCAAUGGAGAACAAGAACUACAAUUCUUCAGUCGACGGGAAAGAUUUUUGCGAAAAAUAUACUAGCAAUACUACAGGAUAUAAAGGCACGGGAAGAUGGAAAAGGGGCCGCUCGUUUUCCAGCUGCAGUACCUGGCGUUGAACCUCCAAGACCUUUAAGGCCUGCGCCGCAACCUGCAGUAUACAAUCGUUACGAUCAAGAGAGAUUUAAUCGCCAAAAGGAAGAAACUGAAGGUUUCAAAAUUGAUACUAUGGGAACAUAUCAUGGUAUGACUUUAAAAAGUGUGACGGAGGGCUCAACUGCCCAAAAGAAGCAAAUGAAUGUUCAACCAUCUCUAUCUGGCAGAUCCAAAGAAUUGAUACCAACAGCGCAAGCUAGAUUGCUACCAAUUAAUAAUGCUAAUAAAAGAGGUUCAAGGACUCCGAUCAUUAUAAUACCAGCUGCAACUACUAGUCUCAUAACUAUGUAUAAUGCAAAGGAAAUUUUGCAGGAUUUAAAAUUUAUAUCUCAAGAAGAAAAAAAAGCAAGCGGCGCCUUGCGCGAUAAUGAGCUUUUAAUACAAAGACGGAAGGAAGCAAACGUUACUGUACCUUAUAGGGUUUUGGAUAAUCCUGCAAAAUUAAAUCAGCAGGACUGGACACGCGUGGUUGCGGUUUUUGUAAUGGGACCUGCUUGGCAAUUUAAAGGAUGGCCAUGGGAUGGAAAUCCAGUGGAAAUUUUUGCAAAAAUCAGCGCCUUCCACUUGAAAUAUGAUGAAAUGAAAUUAGAUAAGAAUGUGGCUGGUUGGUCUGUGACAGUAUUAAACUUAUCAAGAUCGAAGAGGCAUCUAGAUCGAGCUCUUUUCAUGAGUUUUUGGGAGCAUCUUGACAGGUAUAUGAUUCAGAAUAAACCGCACUUGAGGUUUUAAUGAAGCUGGGUUCU